UUCAAAACGACAUCAAACUUCUCAUUCCGUAUUCACUCCCCUCCCUCUCAAGCUCCAUCCCAAAACCCAAUCUCGGAAAACCCUAAAUUAUCGCAGUCGCGCAGCCCCUUCCUCAGCCUCUCGCAUCUUCCUUCCGCCAUCUUCUUCCAACUUCAACCUUCCAGUGUUUGAUUUGUUGUUGUGAACAGUAUGUAUAACGGAAUAGGUUUACAAACCCCAAGAGGUUCAGGUACCAAUGGGUACAUUCAGAGCAACAAGUUUUUCGUGAAACCUAGAACUUCUAAGGUUGCUGAGAACAUGAAGGGGUUUGAAGCAGAUCAGGGUACUGCUGGGGUUACCAGAAAGGCCAACAAAGAGAUUCUCGAGCAUGACCGCAAGCGUCAGAUUCAGCUCAAGCUUGUUAUCCUUGAAGACAAGCUGAUUGAUCAGGGUUAUACUGAGUCUGAGAUUGCCGACAAACUUGAGGAGGCUCGGAUUAAUUUGGAAGCUGCUGCUGAUGACAAUGAUGGAUCGUCCAAUUUGGAUAAGAUUUCUGAUACACAGACUCACCAAAUUGCUGCCAGAAAGGAAAAACAGAUGGAAACAUUGAAAGCUGCUCUUGGCAUAGCUUCACCUGAAGAUGGUGAAUUGAUUGCUGACGGGAAUGAUGAGGAGGCUGGAAAUGAAAGGGGUGUAUCUGUUCCGGACACAAAACAUAUUUCUGAACAUUCCUUUUUGGACAGAAAUUUCAGUCGGAAGAAACAACCGGAAGAAGUUCUAAAAGAAGAAAAUAUUAAGAAAAAAAGUGUCAAAGACAUAAGGCACCACGGGAAGGGUGGGACUCUCAAGAAAAAGUUCAAGGAUGAUUCAUCUGAUUCAGACAGCAGUACGGAUGACGAGAAGACAGGUAGAAGAAGGAAGCACAGUAGAGUGAAAAACGACAGUGGUGAUGAAUCUGAUUCUGAUAGUGAUGCUCAGAGGAAGGUCAAAGCUAAAAAGAAGCAGAAGACAUCAUUGCACCACAAGAAAGGCAGGGUGGAGGACAGUGAUGACACUGAUUUUACUUCUGAUACUGAUGACAGCAACAGUGCAAGAAAAGGUGAUAAAAAACCAGAAAAAACAAGUAAGAAACAUGAUUCCGGUAGUGAUUCUGAUCAUCAUGAAGGCUUGCAUAGACAUAGGACUAAAGAAGUGAAGGGACAUACAAAGAUCAGCAAACGUCAUGACUCUGAAGAGGAAUCUGAUUCUGAUAUUGAGGCAGAGAAACAUGGUAGACUGGAUAAGCAGAAAAUGAAGAGGUAUGGUUCUACUAAUGAGGAUUCUGGUAGAGUCGGUGUUAGGCAUUCAAGACAAGACAAACAUGUUAAAAGGCGGUCAUACUCUUCCUCUGAUGAUAGUAGCAGUGACAGUGAUUCAGGCAGCAGUGAUAGUGAUCACAGGUAUGAAAAAACUAAAAAAGGUGGGUUUGCAGCAAAGAGAGGUGGGCCAAAGGAGGAAAUAAAUGACAGAGGUAUUGCUGCUGAAAAAGGGAAAAGUAGUGCUAAUGCUGAUGGAUUGGAUUCUUUAAGAAAAUCAUAUGGGAGAGAUUUUAAAGAGGGUCCAAAUUCUAGAAGUCAAGCAAUGGCAAAGGGUGACAAGAUUGAUGAAGAUAGAGAUAGGGAGACUAUCAAAUUGGCUAAGCAUGAUGGAGAGGGUAGGAAGUCUGAGUCAAAAUCUCGAAUUUAUCAAAAUGAUAGUCAAGAAAAAGAGGGCUAUUCUAAGUCAGCUAGGCUCAGAGGCAAUGAUAUUGAAACUUAUGAGCAAAGAGGCAGAAAUUAUAACAAGGAUGUUGAAUCACAAUCUGUUGGACGAAUUGAUCGGUAUAAGGAUGAUUAUGAAACAAGAAGGAAGGGAAAACAUGAUAAUGAUUAUAAAAGGAAUCUGGAUGACCAUGGAGAAAAAAGACAUGGAAGAAAUGAAGAUGAGCGCACUGAAAGAAAGCACUUAAGGGAUGAGGAUGUUUCAAGAGAUGGAAAACAUAAGAGAGGCAGGGAAGUUCACCGAGAGAAUAAGAGCUUAAGAGAUGAUGAAGAUGAUUCAAGAGAUGGAAAACAUAAGAGAGGCAGGGAAGUUGACCGAGAGAAUAAGAGCUUAAGAGAUGAUGAAGAUGCUCGUGGAGAGAGAAAACACGGAAAGGAUGAAGAUUUUCCUACAGGAAGAAAGCACUUGAGGGAUGAGGAUGAUCAUGUCAAAACAAAUAUUAGAGGGAUUGAGGAUGAACGUGCAGGAAGGAAGAGCUUAAGAGAUGAUGAAGAUGAUUCAAGAGAUGGAAAACAUAAGAGAGGCAGGGAAGUUGACCGAGAGAAUAAGAGCUUAAGAGAUGAUGAAGAUGGUCGUGGAGAGAGAAAACACGGAAAGGAUGAAGAUUUUCCUACAGGAAGAAAGCACUUGAGGGAUGAGGAUGAUCACAUCAAAACAAAUAAUAGAGGGAUUGAGGAUGAACGUGCAGGAAGAAAGACCUUGAAGGAUGGGAAUGAUUAUGAAGAAAGAAAGAAAUUAAGGGAUGAUGGUCGUCAUAGAGAAGCACCAAACAAAAGGGAUAGGAGUGGUGGCAUUGGAGAAAGAAAGAACUCAAGGGAUGAGGAUGGCCGUGGAGAGAAGAAGAGCUCUAGGGAUGGGGAUGAUCAUAGAGAAACAAAAAUCAGAAGGAUUGAGGAUGAUCGUACGGAAAGAAAGACCAUAAGGAAUGAAGAUGAUUAUGGAGAAAGAAAGCGCAGAAGGGAUGAUGAUGAUGACAAUGUGCAUGGAGAAAGAAGGCAUUAUAGAAGGGACGCUGAUGAUGAAGAAAGAAGGCAUUAUAGGAGGGAUGAUGAUGAUGGAGAAAGAAAACACAGAAGGGAGUAGUUUAAGCAGGAAAAUGAAGUUUAUAAGAGGGAUAUCCAUGUGAAUUACUCCCAGAAAACCAAAUUCAAUGUAUUUAGUUCAAGGGAGAGCAUGAAAACCAAACACCGUAAUCCAAGGUUUUAGAAUGCUGAUGUAGUACUUCACCUUUGAAUGUGGACGUGAGUCUUUUUUGUUGUCUUCUUACAUUUCUGCUGUUUAAAAGCUUGUAAUUUUUUUUAAUGUGUUUGAACUAUUAUUCAUGUUUGCCUAGAUUCCAAGUUGACUUGUCAGUUUUGUGUCUUCUUCCUCUUAAGAGUGUAAUGAAUAUUUGCAAGAGUGGUAUACUGAACCUGUUAUUUUCAUGAAAGAAAGUAUAGACGUUGUGGUUAA